ACAAAUAUGUCAAAUCUGACACAGUGAAUAAAACACAAAAAUUUUCCAUUUAAUUACUGCUUAAAUUUCUCGUUCGAUAUGUCGAUUUGUUCGCAAAUGACCGGUUGCGACUCGCAUGCGAGUGGAUCAGCCGAGGCGACCCGCGAACAACUAUUAAACAUCCAAAAUGAGCUCGUCUGGGGCAUGGCCUAUAGGCAUUACAAAGAAAAGGAGAAAAAGAAACCGAUGGCUCCGAUGCACUCGCCCAUCGACAUCCCUUUCGAAUUGUGCCGGGCCGAGAUGCUUCUUGGACACGUACCGACCGAUCGCUUACGUCAAACGCUCGAUGAAGCGGACCGCGGUGACGGCGAGAAGGGCGGAAAAGACGAGACGAAGCCCAAAAAGAAGAAACGAAAGAUUCAACAGCAACGGGAAGAGAAACCGUCUUUACUGGACCGCAACGUGUGGCCCCAAAACAAGUACAUGGAUUAUUUAUCCAGGCCAAAUCCGAAGUUUUACGACGAGCCCAAAACUAAGAAGUACAAGAAGAGAUGCGAGUUGGAACCUUGUCCUCCCAGGUUCAUUCAGCUAGCAGUACCAAAUAAGAGAAGAGUAUUUGCCAAUUGGAAAGAAUAUGAGCACUUUCUACCGGCGGAAAUGCUGAUGCGCUUUGACGAUAUCUUACAUACUGAUCAGAAUUUGGAUCCUAGAGAGGCCAGAUAUUAUUACAAAAAACUAGAUAAAGAAAAACGUAAAGCAUUACGGGCCAAACGUAGAUUGGCUAAAAAGAAACGCCUAGAAAAGGAAAAUGAUUCAAACUGGAUGAAAUCUGAAAUCGACAUCCUGGCCAAGCUCAUCUUGGAUUACAUCAAAGACGAGCCUCUGUUCACCCUGAAUUAUAAACAGUUGCUCCUCUCAGAUGGUAUUUUGGACCGCUUGGAGCAUACGAAAAGCUUAAAAAAACCCAGCAGAACCUCCAAAAAGCACUUCCAAAAAACUGUUAUCGAAACGUCCGAUAAGCUCGCUGUCUGGAUCGAUACCUUGACCCGGUUUGUCGAUGUUCAGGCAAUAGAAUCUGAAGAAGACAUCCCUCCAGUGUCCAUACCCUCCCUAUCCGAAGAAGGGGAAGAGAGUGAAGAAGAAGAAUCAGAAGAAUCGGAAGAAUACGAAUUGUCUUCAGACGAAGAGGGUUCCGCUGCAGGUCCUUGGGUAGCAGGAGGUGAAGAUGAAAUCGAUUGGGAAGAACCUGGCGUAGAAGAUGAAAAACCGAGCAGGCCCGAGGAUCAUGAAGGCGAGGUUGGCAUGUUCGGAGAAGAUGGAGAAAGCGAAGGAGACCUAGGGGAACUAGAUCAAGACUUACUGGAAAAACUAAUCAAGAUUCUUAGCAACUGUCCAGAAGAGUUCCUGGAGGGCCACAUCGAUGAUGAAAAAACUCCCGGAGUCAAGUACAUUGACGUACUAAAUAAACUUAAAGAACUGCGAGACGAAUUAACCACCGAGGGUCCACGAAAACCCUUCCUGGAACAGAUCAUGCUCGACUGGGCGAUCAGAAACGAACCGGACAAAGUGGACGACCCGAUGGUGGAGAAGAUACGGCAAGUUGCAUGCAUGUUAGGCGAUUGGCUCGGCACAAAACGACCCGGUGAAGGUCCCGGAGACGUAACUCCGGGCGAAGAAGGCGACAUUUCCGGAGAAGAAGGUGAUGACCAGGCAGAAGAAGGUGAGGCUGGCAAAGAAGAGGGCGAAGAAGAACCUGUCGCUGGCGACGACGAAGGUGGAGAAGGAGCUGGCGUUGGUGACGAUGAAGGUGGAGAAGGAGCUGGCGUUGGUGAAGAGGAAGAUGGAGAAGGACCGGGCGUUGGUGACGAAGGAGGUGUAGAAGAACCUGGCCUUAGCGGUGAGGAGGGCGAAGAAGGAGCCGGUGAAGAAGGUGAACAAGAAGCGCCGGGUGGUGGAGACGCUGCCGAAGAGGGCGAGGACGAGGGCGAAUCGGGCGGUUAUGAAUAUCCCACUCCCGGUGGGGAAGAAGAAGGAGAAGGAGGCAUCGGUAGUUCAAAAGAAACAUUACCGGGGUAUGAGGGCGAAGAACCCGGCAUUGAAGAAUAUCCGAGCAUCCCAGGCGAAGAAGGCGCUACAGAAGACGAGUUCGAGUUCGAAAUGGAGGAGGGAGGCGAGGGAGAGAUCAUUUAUCCACCCGGAGGUGCGAAACCGGGUGUUCCCGCCCUUGACGGUAGAUGGAUCAAAGGUCAUAAGCCUUCGAAAGUGUUCGAGCAUUCGCCCGAUACGGUUUGCUGUUUGUCCCUUAAGACCUGGGCGGUUUGGCUGCUGGAGAUUACCCAUAACGCUCAUAACUGGACUCAGUGGAUGAGUUGCGUAAUCCAAAAAGUCCGCGAGUAUGCCUCCAUCGUACGCGGCGAAGUGAAGGAAGCCAACGGCCAGCCGAAAGUCCUGAAAAAGGCCGAAUGGAGGAAGUUCAUCGCUGAAACCGAGGAGUCCGUGGUGGCUUGGAGGCAGUACAGCGCGCACGUCAAAGAUUUAUCCCAGAGUAUCGUGGACAAUUUCCACGGAAAGGCGGUCAAUUGUUGUCCCAAGUGUUUACAGGACCAUCUUAUUACCAACGUGGUGGUCGCGCACGACACGCUCCAAGCUCUCACCGAGGCCAUCAGCUGCGCGGCCUAUUGGCAACGUUGCCUGGACCAAUUGGUGGAUAAGACCUGCGGGUUGACCAAGCCUAAAGAACUGGAUGAUAACGAGCUAUCUCUGAGCGAAGAAUCUUCUGAGGAAAUUGACCUUGAGGAGGUUGAGCAAAGCGGCGAGUCCGUAUAUGAAAUAGAGGGGCUGGAGGAGAGCGAGUCGCCGAACAAAUGAGUUUUCUUAGUUAUGUUUGUCAAGGAUUUUUGGUUUGUCAAUAAAUGUUUUGAGACUUUGUA